UUUACCUAUUCAAAUAUGCGACGGACUCAUAUGUUCACGCAAAUCGAUUGAAUCUUUAGCAUUGGACGUUUUUGUAUGAACGGCAUAUGCAAUGUAAAUUUACAAGAUCAUACUCAUCAUAUACUCAGCAGUGAGCGGAAAAGUAUGAUUGAAUGUUCUAUUCAGGUAUUGCGAACAUUUUUAAUAAAGCGAACUGGAAAAUGGUGCUGCGGAAGGAACGAGGAAUUUUGUCGCGAUGAGUGUUGACGUUUCGUUCGAUCUGUCAAAACAGAAGCUCAUGCUCAUAACGUAAACAGAGCCUAUUCCGUAUCGUUCUCCUUUAAAAUUAGUUCUCAAAUUCUUAAAUGCCACUAAUUGUGAUUACGGGGCUACCGGGCAGUGGGAAAACUUCUCGGGCGAAAGAGCUGGAAAAAUAUUUCAUCGAGCAUGGAAAGGGGCCGGUUCAUGUGGUCUCGGAAUCAGAAUGCAUUGCAAGAGCUGGGUAUGGCGUUAAAGAAAGUUUCACCGACCCCGCCAAGGAGAAGCAGAUUCGGGCCACUCUGAAGUCCGAAGCCAUGAAACUUCUAAGCAAAACAACGCUCGUCAUUCUCGAUGGCACGAACUAUAUCAAGGGAUAUCGUUACGAGAUUUUCUGUGCCAGCAAAAAUGCCAGGACGACACAAUGUACGCUCCACUGUGCUAUGACAAUUGAGCAGCGGCAGCAACUGCGGGAAGUGAUUACAAGCCAAUCUGCGUCCGAUAAUAGUGGGAUGCUUGAUUGUGAAACUUUCGAUGCACUUUGCCUGCGGUACGAGGAACCACUGGGCUCUAAUCGGUGGGACCGUCCCUUGUUCACCGUUUAUACUGAGGAACAGCUGAAUUUAAACCAAAUAGAAAGUGCCCUGUUCGAGCAAGCUCCACUGCCACCCAAUUUGGCGACACAGAAUAUGCCUUUAAGUGCCACCAAUUUUCUGUUCGAGCUGGAUAAAACUACACAAACGAUUAUCGAUCAGAUAGCAUCUGCUAGAAAAAUCGGCUUGCAAGGUCCAGUAGAGAUACCACAGGCGGGCAUACGAGCGGAAGUGCCACCAAAUAUGAGCGUGGCGCAGCUUAACCGACAUCGGAGACAAUUUUUGAACUAUGUAAAAAUGCAUACCAACGUCAGCUCAGACAUUACCAAAAUACCUGCGAUUUUUGUACAAUUUCUCAAUACAAACACAAAUGGCGUUUGAAAUAAAGUGCUGUGACGCUUA